AUGCUGCGGAGGCGAGCCCGGGAAGAAGACAGUGCGGUGCUGAUCGACAUGGCCUCCCUCGAAUCAGAGAAUGGGUCCUCUUAUGGAAGCACAGCCCACGCCUCAGAGGCAGGUAAACAGCAGGUGGGCCCCAGCAGAGUUGGGAGCCCUGCCAAACCCCCGAUUGCGGAUUUUGUUCUUGUUUGGGAAGAAGACCUGAGGAACCAAGAGAACCCUACCCAGGACAAGACAGACACACAUGAGUUCUGGAGGGAGGCCUUUCUGGAAAACCUUCGUCUGGCUGGCCUGCAUGUAGAUCAGCAUGACGUCCAGGACAAGGCCACUGCAGUUCACUACGUCCUCCUCAGAGCACCCUGGGCUGUACUCUGCUACUAUGCAGAAGAUCUGCGCCUGAAGCUACCUCUGCAGGAAUUACCGAACCAGGCCUCCAACUGGUCGGCCACCCUUCUGGAGUGGCUGGGCAUCCCUAAUAUCCUGCUGGAGCACGUGCCAGACACGCCUCCUGAGUACUACUCCUGCCAGUUCAAAGCAAGCAAGCUGCAAUGGUUCCUUGGAAGUGACAACCAGGACACCUUUUUCACCAGUACCAAGAGGCACCAGAUUCUGUUUGAGAUCCUGGCCAAGACUCAAUAUGGCCACGAGAAGAAAGGCUUCUUUGGGAUCGAUCAGCUGUUGGCAGAGGGUGUCUUCAGUGCGGCCUUCCCUCUGCAUGACGGCCCACUCUCUGCAGUCCCAGAGGACUCACAGGUCCUGGGGCUCACCCAGCGCCAAGUCUUACUCCAGCACUGGGCUCGCUGGGGCAAGUGGAACAAGUACCAGCCACUGGACCACGUGCGUCGGUACUUCGGGGAGAAGGUGGCUCUCUACUUCGCCUGGCUUGGGUUUUACACAGGCUGGCUCCUGCCUGCAGCAGUGGUGGGCACCGUGGUGUUCCUGGUGGGAUGUUUCCUGGUCUUCUCAGACAUACCAACGCAGGAGCUGUGCCACAGUUCCGAUGGCUUUGACAUGUGCCCACUCUGCGCUGACUGUUCUUUUUGGCUGCUCUCCAGUGCCUGCACCCUGGCCCAGGUUGGGCGGCUCUUUGACCAUGGCGGCACUGUCUUCUUCAGUUUGUUCAUGGCCCUGUGGGCGGUGCUGCUUCUGGAGUACUGGAAGCGGAAAAAUGCCACAUUGGCCUACCGCUGGGACUGCUCUGACUAUGAGGACAUUGAGGAGAGGCCUCGGCCCCAGUUCGCUGCGAAGGCUCCUCUGACAGCCCUGAACCCCAUCACUGGGGAAGACGAACCCUACUUCCCUGAGAAGAGCCGUGUACACCGCAUGCUGGCUGGCUCUGUGGUUCUCCUGAUGAUGGUGGCCGUGGUGAUUAUGUGCCUUGUGUCUAUCAUUCUGUACCGGGCCAUCAUGGCUGUGCUUGUGUCCAAGUCAGACAACGCCUUCCUUUCGGCCUGGGCUCCACGAAUUGCCAGCCUCACAGGGUCAGUAGUGAACCUUGUCUUCAUCGUCAUCCUUUCCAAGGUCUACGUGGUCCUGGCCCAGGUCCUAACAAGAUGGGAGAUGCACCGGACACAGACCUCAUUCGAGGAUGCCUUCACCCUCAAGGUGUUCAUCUUUCAGUUUGUCAACUUCUACGCCUCGCCUGUGUACAUUGCUUUCUUCAAGGGCAGGUUUGUGGGAUACCCAGGCAACUACCACACCUUGUUUGGAGUCCGAAAUGAAGAGUGUGCGGCUGGAGGCUGCCUCGUUGAGCUGGCACAGGAACUCCUGGUCAUCAUGGUGGGCAAGCAGAUCAUCAACAAUGUGCAGGAGGUCCUUGUCCCAAAGCUGAAGGGCUGCUGGCAGAAGCUGCACUCCAGGAGAGGGAAGGCUGCCAUGGGGACCCACCCAGCACCUUGGGAGGCUGACUACGAGUUGUUGCCUUGUGAGGGGCUGUUCCACGAGUACCUUGAAAUGGUGCUGCAGUUCGGAUUCGUCACCAUCUUCGUGGCCGCCUGCCCGCUGGCGCCGCUUUUUGCCCUGCUUAACAACUGGGUGGAGAUCCGCCUGGACGCGCGCAAGUUCGUGUGCGAGUGCCGGCGCCCGGUGGCCGAGCGCGCCCAGGACAUCGGCAUCUGGUUCCACAUCCUAGCGGGCCUCACACACCUCGCCGUCAUCAGCAACGCCUUCCUGCUGGCCUUCUCCUCCGACUUCCUGCCGCGUGCCUACUACCGCUGGACGCGCGCCCCGGACCUGCGCGGCUUCCUCAACUUCACGCUGGCGCGCGCGCCGCCAGCCUUCGCGGCUGCGCACAACCGCACUUGCAGGUACCGAGCAUUCAGGGAUGAUGAUGGACACUAUUCCCAGACUUACUGGACUCUCCUGGCCAUCCGCCUGGCCUUUGUCAUCGUGUUUGAGCACGUGGUGUUCUCCAUUGGCCGUCUUCUGGAUCUCCUGGUUCCUGACAUCCCAGAGUCUGUGGAGAUCAAGGUGAAGCGGGAAUACUACUUAGCUAAGCAGGCCCUGGCUGAGAACGAGGCUCUCCUUGGAGCAACAGGAGCAAAGGAUGACCAGCUUCCAAGCUCAGAGUCUGGGCCUUCCAGCCUAGGGUCUUAGAACUAGUAACCUCCUCUCCUCCAUCUCUGAGGUUACUCUCACCUCUGAGGGUUACUGGAGGCUGACACACUUGCUUGGAAGACUGAAGAUGUCAUAGGAGACAGUUCACUGUGCAUGUCCUUGGAGGCCAUGGCCAUGCUCCUGGCCCCAGCUCAACUUACUCAUACACUUGGUUUAGAAUAACCAGGCCCCUGGCUGCCAGUCUUCAGCUCAUACAUACUGCUUGGCCACCACCCCUACUAGGUAUUCCUUAAGGCCACCCAAAUGGAGCAGCAGUGCUUAGAGACAUCUGUUGGCCUUCAGGGGGCUAUCUAUCCCCUAUGCCAUUCCUAAGUCCCUGAGCCAAUGGCUUGUUUCCCUUUAUCUCAAGGCAAAAGGGCUAUCUGAAACGCUGGCUUCUGUGGCUCUCAUUUUUACAAUGCUGGCCAUUGUACUCAGAGAAUCUGUGCUUCCCUUGCCUCAGCCAGGACUUUCUCUUAUCUCCAGUAGGGAGGAUCCCUGUUUCCUAUCCCUAAACCAAAGGCUAAGGGGCCUCUGCAUGCAUUCCUGAAUCCUAGUGACCAGGAGGUGGCUUUACUGUUGACACAUCCUCUCACCCCUCUGUCCUCAUCCUUGGGCAUAAGUCCUCUGUCAACUGAGGUCAGACUCUGGGGUCCCUGCCUCCUCAGGGAUUUACUCAGUUAUUUGUAGCAUUCCUUGUGAUAGUGUAGGGUCCGACCAUCCCUCCAGACCCACCCUCUGCCUCUCCUCACAUGGUCAUUGCACAUCCGCACAUCUGGCUCUCAGGCCUGAUACCACAUCCCAGGCCACAGUAGGAAGCCUGUGUCUGCUCUUUCUUGCAUACCCGAUUACCCAAGGCCUCUGGGUUCUAGCUAGCUUGGCCUCUUUAUCCUGACAGAUCAAGGGCCUCUGCAAUAUCUAUCCCCCUUGUGUGCCUUCCAGUGCUGGGCCAGGGACUCAGCACAUAGCCAGCACAGACUGGAGAGGGUGUGGAAUGAGGCCUUACCCCUUACAGUGGAAGCUGAAAAACAA